AUGGAGGACCGCUGUCGCGAGCCAGACGAAACUCGUGAACGUGCCGAGUCUACUAACACCGUCAGUGAUUAUACCAGCCGAGGUAUGGUUCCUCGAGUUACGAACUUUGUGGCACGAGGUGCAGAGCGCCUAUGGUCGCAUGUCCGAGGAAUAUGGGCAGUCACCGGUACCACACCUAUAUCGGUGAUGUUUGAGAAGCGGAUUUAG